CUCACAUCAACAUUUAAAGCUCAUUCACACUUCUUGUGGCUCUCUCUUUAAGCCUCUUGAUUGCUUUCAUCACUCUACUUUCAUAACCCACAAAAAGACAACUCAAUCACUGAUGUCUUUAGUCGCAAACCUGGUCAUCAAGAGUUUUGACCGUGUUUCCACAGUGUUUGAAAAUAUGGUGGACAGUUCUCUAGGUGCAUAUGUUGAGAAUGGUGGUGAUGACGAUGACAGUGGCUACGAUUAUGCUCCCGCUGCGUGAUUUGUCUCCUAUUAGUAUAAAAUGUAAUUUAGUAGAUAAAACCAUAGAGAUGAUAUGGUAAUUUAGAUAUCUAGCUAGGCAGGUACUAGAUAGUGUGGCGAGUCUUCUUAGAUGAACAAUACAUGGUUUUUAUCAUCACAUUUUUGCCUCUUAAACUUCGAUGUUAAUUUAACGUUCCUUUUACUAAAUAACAUGUUACCUAUCUGUUAAAAAAAAAGUGCUACCAGUCUGAAUUAUUUUUACUUACGUGAUAUAUUUUUCUAAA